AAACAUCGUAGCACUACUCCUGCGCAGCCACGUCAUGUAAACCAAACUACUGGAGUGUGCGCUUUAAAUAAAUAGCAUUACAGUACUGCAAAUGUGAAUUCUCAAGAAGAGUUGCACGUUUGCGUCUACCUUUGUGCUUUAAAAACCUAUCGGACUGACUUGAGACCUGAAGAAAGGAUAUCGAAGGCUCAAUUCCGUGCCAAAAUGUCAGAUAUUGGGGACUGGUUCAAAAGCAUCCCAGCUAUCACCCGGUACUGGUUUGCUGGGUCAAUUGCGGUGCCAUUAAUCGGAAAGCUUGGAUUAAUAAGCCCUAUGUAUCUUGUUUUAUGGCCUAAGGACUUCUUUCACAAAUUCCAGUUAUGGAGGCCGCUGACGUCCACAUUGUACUUCCCCGUGGGCCCGGGAACAGGGUUCCUAUACCUGGUUAAUCUGUAUUUCCUGUACCAGUACUCUUCACGGCUUGAAACAGGAGUCUUUGAUGGAAGACCUGCUGACUACGUGUUCAUGCUCCUCUUCAACUGGCUUUGUAUUGUUAUCACUGGCUUAAUGAUGGAUAUGCAGCUUCUGAUGAUCCCUCUUAUCAUGUCAGUCCUGUAUGUUUGGGCCCAACUCAACCGAGAAAUGAUCGUCUCUUUCUGGUUCGGCACCAGAUUCAAGGCUUGUUAUCUACCCUGGGUCAUUUUGGGCUUCAACUACAUCAUUGGAGGCUCGGUCGUGAACGAGCUGAUUGGGAAUCUGGUCGGCCAUCUGUACUUCUUCCUGAUGUUCAAAUAUCCCAUGGACCUCGGGGGCAGAGCCUUACUAUCCACCCCGCAGAUCCUGUACCGCUACUUCCCCAACAGACGGGGCGGAGUGUCUGGCUUCGGAGCGCCACCCAGCAGAAGACCCGCGCCUCAGGAGCAGGGAGGGGGUGGGGGUGGUGGCGCUGGGGGUGGACGCCAUGCCUGGGGUGCAGGUUUCAGGCUGGGGGACGAAUGAGAUGCCACACACACACACGCACACACACACUGCGGAAACUACCCCCCUCCCCUCAACCCGGAGGGCAAAGACUGGGACAUUCAACGUCAGUGAUGCAGAACAUGGAUUUUAUACAGUUUAUUUUUUCUUUUUCUUUUUUCUUUCUCCUCCCUCCCUCAGACUGUAAAGAUGAUGAGAGGUGUCGGGGCGAUGCACUGCCGCUUCAGAUCAGCAUGUUUUUGUUUCCUCUGGUCACUCUCAAUGCCAUAUCUUUUUACACUGUUCUAUGUUCUCCAUGUGUGCAGCCAGCCUUUGAGAAGUUGGGAUGUAGGAGUGAGUGGACAGACCCAUUUUGUCUGCACUCUCCCUUGUCUGCACUCUUUUUUGUAAUAGGCAGCGCCUGAUGGACAGUUCUUCUAUUUUGACCUUGCUCCAUUGUUCCAUCCUUAACGUUGUCUUCAGUUUCGUUUUUGUGCUGUCUGAGUACAUCUGGGUAGAUCUAUACACAUGGAAGUUGUUUUUUUGUUUGUUUGUUUCAGUUUUGGAGGAUAUAAAAAAUGACAUGCAAACCUAAGGAGAAAAAAAAAACUAAAAUAUAAUAACUUUGAUUUGAAGCGCUAAAUUGAUGUUAAAAUGGUGUGAAAGGCAAAUGAAAUGCCCCCAAAAAAAGAGAGAAAAAAAAAAGAAAUCUAAGUGGGUGCUUCUUAAUGACGAGGGAAAUUGUGUAGUCUAGCUUUGCGGGUGAGAGCGCUGCCUAAUGCAAGUAGUUGAAAAUCAAGUGGGUUGAAGCAUUGUGUGUAGCACUGUAUGAAUCUGCUCUGGGAUGCUUCCUGUGUUGCCCUGCCUGCAGAAAAGGUGCCUCCCACACUGAUGAUGAAAAUCUAUGGCAAGAGUUCACAAGUCUCCCUGUGGUGCUUUGUUAGCACGGAAUUCAAACGGGAGUUUUAACGCCACUGAGUUGCAAGUUAACGAUCUCAGAAGCAACAGCAUUCCCCCCCCCCCAAAAAAGGAAGUACAAUAAACGUGCUAUUUUAGCAUUUAAAA